AUGGUUUUAAGGCACCAAGGGAAUCAAGUGAUACGAAGAACAGGCACGAAUGGAGAUUGUUAAUUCAUGACCGUAUGGAAUGGCUGUAUGUUCACAAUAUUGCACCAGCUACUUCUGCAUCUAAUUCUUAUGUUUUGAUGUUCUUGAAUCAUUGAGUUUCUUUUAAAGUGAGGUUUGAUGACAAAGUUGUGGAUUAUACCACAAAAAUUAUUCACACCGCCCCAAAAAAUCAAAAGUUUACUCAGGAAACCUUUUAACAUAACAAGGUAUUUUUAUUAGCGAUGCAGAACCUGAUACAGUCCAAUUAAUUGGUGGUACUGUAAGAUACCUUCAGACUUCUUUUUUUCUGGGGCAAUGUGAUAUGGGCUCUCCUACUGCAAUCAAUAAAAAUUUCAGGAAAUCAACCAUGAUAGUAUACCAAUUCUAAUCACUUAUGCAAUCGUAAGGCUAGCUCUCGUUACGCACUGUUUGGUGAUGUGUGUGAAGAAAUUAAAUGAAUGGAAGCAGCAGUAAUGCACAAGAUUCAAGGUCACAGAGGGCCCAUUGUAGGUACCUGUAUUUAGCUUAAUUUUUAACUGCAUUGCGUAUUUUGCAGGCGCAGUAGAAAGAUUAGUUUAUCUUGACGAAACAGACCCUCUUUGUCUCACUGGAGAAUGAAACAUCUAUGAAAGAAGAUAAACUUGUUUGAAAACCUAGUCUGUAGCUAAUUACUCCCCAUGGUGUCCUUAAUAUGCACCGUCAAAGAGCUGUACCAAAGAAGAAAAUAGCAGCCUUCACAUAAAAAACGGUCACUAUAGUGAUGACACCGCAUUAAGCAUGCAUGAAUCUUGGGCAGCUCUUGCGCUAGUCACAAGAGCAAACUCCUGACUGAGAAGGGAAUCUGGGUAAGCAGCGCUAGCUGCCCAUUGUAGAAUUAUCCCUUGUGCUGUGAACAUGCUAAAGAUAAAUGUUUGCUGAAGUGGCUAUGCACAAAUGGAAAUAAAAGAUGUGUGGUUUGCUAAAGAGAAGCACGCAGUGAACAGUUGUCCAUUCCACCAACAGAUGGUGAUAAUGACGUGAUCACUUUAGGUCAGAGACCGAAAAAUCCUGUACCGAACGUCCCUACAACACUAGACAGGCAGACAAAUUGGAGCAAAGAUCUACCUCUUCCUACUCCAGAGCAGAAGAUGCGCCAGCAGGCCCAGGCUGUAUCUUCUACUGUUAUUCCCAUCAAUGUGACUGGAGUGGGUUUUGAGAGACAGGUCAUAGGCCGAUACUCCUUUGCUCAUCCUCAAUCUGCAUUGCAGCGAAGAAGAAAGUUAAAGAGGCGAAAAACUAUCAGUGGACUUCCAAGGCGUGUGCAACAAGAAAUUGCAGGUUCUGAUGAAUCUUCAGCGGCUAAAGAAAGGAAUGUGAUUGUUCAUGUUAACCCAAUCUUGGACUAUCACGGUGAUGAACUGAAUUCCACCAGUACCCGAUCCAGGACCAAGGAUUCAGAGUGCCAGACAGAGGAUAUCCUUAUUGCAGCGCCAUCAGUGAGGCGGAUCCGCGCCCAGCGGGGCAGUGAUAUCACAUAUUCACUGUCACGUUCGGAUGGGAACAUCACAUCCCUAGCCGAUGACUCAAGCUCAAAGUUCCUUGCGCCGAUUGACAACCACGUCCGUUCCCGUAGCCUUUCUCGAGAACGUGUCAGAGUUUCAUUGUUAUCUCACAAGUUAAGUCAGGACAAUAGUGUUGAAAGCAUCAUUAGUGCUGCUGAAAAAUACUUGCCGAGCCCAGGAAAGGCAGAGGAGGAAGACAGCGAAGCCAGUUUAUUUAACCAGAGCCCACAGACACAUCAUUCAAUAGGUGUGACUGUUCAACCAGUGCAGAGUCCAGAACACAAGGGCCAAGUGACAAAAAUGUCCAACUUUGUGCCAGAGCAAGAUAUGGGAAACAGCGAGAUCUCGUCAAAUUCAGAUACAUUUGGGAGUCCAGUCAACAGUCUCUCCAGUGCAGGAGUUAUAUUAAGCAGUCAGAUGGAUCAAAAGGAGGACCAUCAAUCCUCCAGUGGCAAUUGGAGUGGAAGUAAUUCAACAUGUCCUUCACAGACAUCAGAGACAAUCCAUACUGCAUCCUCACCGCCACUGACAGGAUCGUCACACUGUGAUUCAGAACUAUCUUUGAAUACCCCCGCCCAUACUAAUUAUGAUUCAUCCAGUUUCCUACUGGAUCAGUAUGCAUAUCAAGAAGACAAAGUCAGAGAUCACAGACUGAACUCCUUUACUUCCACAGAGACAGAUGUUAUUGAAGAUCUCAAUACAAGUAACACAAGUGAUGCAGAAUGGAAUUAUUUACACCAUUGCCAUGAUGCAUCGUGCAAUCAAGAUUUUAGCCCGAAGCAUUCAAGGACUAAUAGCUUAGGAUGCCCAAGUUUUGCUAGUAUGGCCACAUGUGACAGCUUUCUUGAGAGGCCAUCCUCCUCCAGAACUGACUCAGGUUCACAUUUCUCUGUGGAUACUGAAGGGUAUUAUACAUCCAUGCACUUUGACUGUGGUUUAAGAACUACUAAAAACUACAUUUUUAACUAUGCAUCUACAGUAUCUGAUGGAAUCCAGAGUGCAGAAAAUGCUUCUGAGUUUGUUGAGCUCCCUCCACCGGAUCCUUUAGAGUUAAGAAAGCAGAGGUUUCGGAGCCAGAGCAUUGCUCUCAAGAAACCAAAGGCAAAACCAGCCCCACCAAAACGCAGUUCAUCUUUGAGAAAAAAUGAAGUCAGUACAAGUAAGAGUUACCAGAACGAACCAAAGACAAACAAUGGGCAGGAUGGGACUGUAUCUUACAGAGAUGCACAGAAGUCAUUGCAGCUUGACCUAAGCCUUGCAUUUGACGGGUUCAAAGGUCCCAUGCUAGCUAAUGAAAGGAAUGUUCCUUGGGAUAGUCACAGCACAUAUGCAAAUGAUAAUGAGUUAUCAGGCCCUCAGUUUUCCACAUCUGAAACACUAUCAUUUAAAGAUGGAGUUGCCAUACAAUCAGAUUAUGCAGGCCUCUGGCUCUUGAAUGAUUUAAAAUCUAAUGACCCUUACAGAUCAUUAUCAAACUCCAGUACUGCAACAGGUACAACUGUCAUAGAAUGCACAAAGUCCCCUGAAGGUUCGGAAUCGCAAACAUCCCAGUCAGAAUCCCGUGCUACCACUCCAUCCCUUCCGUCCAUUGACAAUGAUUUCAAGCUGUCCUCUCCCGACAAAUUGGCAGGCUUGGCAUCACCAUCAAGUGGAUAUUCAAGUCAGUCAGGAACACCGACCUCAACUUUGCCAACUCCUCUUUUUCCUGGUCCUCUGUCUCCAAACAGCGGAAAAAGAAAGCCAAAGGUUCCAGAGAGGAGGUCUUCACUACAGCCAUCUUUUGCAAAGGAUGUUAAUGUUUUAAAGAAAGACCUUGAAUUACCAAUUAUACCUCCAACACAUCUUGACCUAAGUGCUCUUCAGAAUGUGUUUAAAAGCAAACCUUCUGCUCACAGAAACCAACUGCAUAUCUCAAAUCAAAGUAAAGACCAUGAGGCAGCUGAACGAUUCAAAAACAGUUCAUCAGUUUCCCUUGCCAUAACCCCAUCAGUACUACAGUCUGUACAGCUUCGCUCUGUUAGUAAAACCAAGCAACCCAAGAAAGAAUGGCAGGAAGAUUCUGUGAUAACAGAAGAACCACCCUAUAAAAAUGAAUCAUUUGGUUAUAAUACACAGAACUACAAUGAAUUUUCCAAUUUACCACCACAAAAAUUAUCUUCCUCAGAAGCAAACACCAACUUUUUGGAUGUAGAAAGUAUUCAUGUGCUUCAAGAAAAUAAUCCGAAUGAAGACAGUUCAACCCAUUUAUCCUUGCAUUUUCAUGUGGCAAAGUCUUUAAAAGCUAAUCGGAGUUCACAGAACAUAAAGUUUGGAGAAAAUCAAAAGAUUGAAACAGCAAACUGCCAGGCAGUCUCCAAUGCCCACACAGAUAUAAGUGAAGCAAAUUUGGUGAAGAAGAGCUCCAUACAGAUAAUAUAUCAAGACUUGAGUAAUUCUAAUAAUGAGUUUCAGAAUGAGGUCCUUGCACAAGAAAUAGUCAACAAAGAGAAACCUGAGAGUGUGCCUUUGUCAAAUAGCACCAUUGCAGAAACCCUGUCUGCAGCACUACCAAAAUCUGCAACCACUGAGAAAUUGGAGAGAAAGCUAAAUUUUGAUUCAGUCAAUGAAGAUAAACCACCAGACAUGAUUCAACUCGAAUCAAUAGGUGCACAGAAGCUCAGUAAAGACAGUAUUGAAGAAACGACAAAGAGGUUGCAAGAUGGCAGCCCAGAAAAUGUUGCUGAUACCCUGAGAAAUGCUGAAGCUCCGUGUGAAACCCCUUGCGAUGGGCAAUACAAAGGUCACAUAGACGUAGGACAGGGUGAGAGUUAUUUAACAUCUCCUGCAGAUCCUCAAAUGAACGAAGAUAAUUUAUUCAUAUCGCCAAAUAAGCUCCGCACAACAGAAGACCUUUUUGCUGUGAUUCAUAGAUCAAAGAGGAAACUACUUGGAAGGAAAGAUUCUGAUGAAGGGCCGAAUGUAAACAAACCCCGAUCAUCCCCUGGCAGUUCCCCUGGGACCCCUCCAGCUGUCCAGAAACAGCCUGGACCUAUUUAUAGGAGUGCCUGCAAAUCCAACACCUCACAGGAGGAGUUCAAACUAUUGCUGCUCAAAAAAGGCAGUCGGUCAGACUCAAGCUAUCGACUGUCAGCGACAGAAAUAUUGAAAAAUGCAAGUCCAACUUCUCCCAAGUCUCCUGAAGAUAUUUCCCCAGAGCAGGCUAAAGAUUCUGAAGACACUUCCAUUUCCCCAUCUGGAUGUGAAAUGCAGUUGCUAAUUUCACCAUACUCUCCAAGGUUUAGUAUGGAAGGAAUCUCCUCCAGGAGCUUCUCCAGCCCACUAUCAUCCAGACCAAGUCGUUCUCGAGCACCACCGGCAGCGGGCAGUAGUCGCUACAGUGCUCGCAGUCGCCUUCAUAGUGCACCAAUGCAAGUCAUCUCUGAAGGGGAGGCUGAAAACUCAGACGGAAGUCUUCAUGAUGAUCGGAGCUCUCCCACUUGACAAUCAGGCAUCAAAUGGCUGUCUGCGGCAGCAACAGUGGUAAAACAAACAUGAACAUGCAUGCGGUUUAGUUUAGUGAUGUUUAGACUGAGAGGUUUAUCAAAAGUAAGAUAGGUCAUAAACACUUAAGAAGAAUAUAUACUGCUGCCUGAGGUAUUAACAAAAAAAUAACUACUGAAAUAAUAGAUCCCUUAAUUGUAUCUCAAAAACUAGUAAUUUGAUCAAUUUAAACAUUGAUUAAAUAAGCUACUUUUUCAAAUAUAACUAGAAUAAAUCACGAAGAGUGAUUUUGACUCAUUAUUGAAAGAAAAUCAAAGGCUAUGUUUUCUGAAUUUGGGUAAAUAUUCAAUUUAAAACUCUUAAGAAUGUUGCAACCUCAUAUGCACUGUCGUUCCUUUUCACCUAUUAUUAGGAAGCCAUAAAACAGAUGCCUAAAGAAAGCUCAGUUGUGAGAAAUGGACAAUGCAGUUCUUGUUAAUCCAAACAUGAUUUUGUAAACAUUAAAUGAAAUAUUCUGUGCUACAUGUAGCACAGACUUAAAAACUACUGUAAAUAUCACAAAUUUUAGAUAGUUACAAAAAGUGUUAAUCAUUUGAGCCAUGGACAUUCGUCAUAAUUUGCACCUUCUGUGUAUUCUGGGAACAAAAUCAUGGUGUACCUUCGAGAGUAAGACAGUGAUAGAUGAGAUGAUGCAGGAGCAGAUGUAUUUGCGUAAAUACAUAAUAUGCACAUAUCAUUUUAAAUGCAUCACUAUACGAUGGGUAUUAUUCUUGAGAAUGACCCCUUCCAAAUUGUAUCUUCUUGUCAUCCACAAAUCACAAUUAAGAUGCUCUGUUGCGAUAAUUAGUUUACUAUGUAACUUUUUCUUUCUCAUAAAUCCAACAGAAAGCAAAUACAAAUGCCUAGUUUUAAGAGCUUAAUAUUCUAUAUUUACUCAAGCAGUCUUCCAUCAUAGCCUAAACUUUCAUUAACUUUUGUUUACUGAAGAAAUAGGAAUUACACUCAAAGGAUUAAUAUGGUACUACCUAAUCAUAAACAAUAUUACCUUUUUAAAAAAAAAAUAUUAAAGAACAUUAUAUUGUACAAAUAUAUUUAAAAAAAAGAAACCUAAGGAAAUGGUUAUUUUUGUGAUUACAAUUGAAUUGUGUAUAGAUACCAAGAAUUGCAUGUUGGCAAAAUGGCAUAAUUUAAAACAAUAUAAAUAAGCAUUUUCAGAACCACAAUAACAGAUGAGGUUUGUUUGGAGCAGAUCGGGGUGAAGGGAAGAGAAACAAUGAACCUUUUUAACAAGGUUUGACAAAUAUGUUUAUCAGAUAUUCUACUAUUAUUGUGUUGAAUAAGCAGAAGUUACACGUUAUUAACGCAAGAUGUGAGUAAUGGGAUUUACUGAAAAGGUAAAAAGACAGCUUUCUGUAGUUAUCAGUUCUUUAGUAAAAAGGGAACGAAAAGGGUAAGUGCAUGGGGCAAUUUUAACUUAAGCCAUUUGUUCACCCACUCCAGUGAGUUUCCCUCCUGUCGAGAUAGCUUGUUAUGAUCCCCUUAUAGGUUUUGGGAAGGAAUUGGUGAUAGUGUAAACUUAAAAAGAAUGGAUAAGAAAGAGGAGCAUUCAUGGAUAUUGAAAAAUGUAAUGUUCAAACAGUGCGAAGCGGAUGAGUAGCUGUGAGCGAUGAAUGAUAUGUGAAUGGGUAAGAAAAUAGGUAAUUCUAAAGUGCAGAUUGAUCCAGAGAUGUUCAGUGAAGACAUUUUGCUAAGAGGUUGUAAUCCCACUUUGACAAUGAAAGAUGAAAAAUUGUAGAGCAGUGUAGAUGAUGAAAUAGCGGCAUUGAAGACUGGUAAAUAAUCUCAGAAUUGCAAAGGUAGUAACAAAGCUAUAAACACUAAUUGUUCAAAAUUGUAAGUAUAUUUGACACCAUGACAUGAGUCUCUUUGAAUCUAUAAACUAUGUAAAAUAGACAAUGUGCCAUUGAUCUGUUCACAGAGUGUUUACUCAUCAGCCUUGGUCAACUUCAGUUUGAAGGCAAAGACUGUUAAAAGUCACGGCAAUCAUAUCUGGCCAUUUUUAUAACAGCAACUUUCACACAAUAACAGGAAAUACUGCAAAUGAAGGAAUUGCAAAUGAGAACAGAAAGUGUUGAAAAUGCAUAGCAAGACCAAUCAGUACAUGAUAAAAUAUUAGUUAACAAUUCAAAGAUGAGCAUCUAGUUAUAAAAACAGGGCUUCCCUUAAAAUGUUAACCGUGUUUUUAUCAAAUGCUGAUUAACCUGAAGUAAAUGGGAAACUUGGCGGGUAUAAAUUUCAUCCGCUGAUAACGUUGCUUCCGUGUCAUCAAAUAUUUAAUUCCUGUUCGUCAGAUUCUACAUUAUUUGCAAUAACCCCAAUCUUAUGAAUGAGCACAAUUUAUUGUGUAAUUUGAAAACUUAGUAUCACUGCUGGUGGCUGCGUUAGGUAACAUGUUGAAGUUUGUUAAUUGCUUGCAGUGUAAAGCACUCAAUAAAAAGCAGGAUUCUUCAGCAAAAGAUUAUAUAUCAACUCCUGCACAGUUACAAUAGCAGCAGUCAUGUGCCAAUCUUUCUUUUCCCUGGAAUAGGUGGCUACAAGAAAAUAUUUAACAAUGAAGAAAAACCAUUCUGGACAAUUUACUUGUUAAAAUAUAUGAUGCAUAGUUGCAAGAGGAACUGCUUAGUUUUUAUUUAAAGCACUCAUACAAUUACUGAAUGCUCUGACAGCACUGCCAUCUUUAAACAAGGUGAUCUAAUUAUAUAUGAAUUACUUUUGUGAAACAUCAUUCCAAUAUGUGUGUUCUGUUGUUUGCACUGAAGUGUAAGACAGUGAGUGUUUGAAGUUCUGCAGCUGCUUUCUUAUAGUAUCUGAUGAUUCCUAAUUUAUAUAGGCUUUCUUUCUGUUAUUUGGCAUAUAUAAGACAACUACAAGGUUCUGCACAGUUGAAAUAAAAUGUAUACGGUCUCUAAAAGAAUAAUGCCUACGGUUUUGCCAAAGGUUGAAUGAAUGCAUCUUAACUGCAUAGUUGGCAGAGUUAACAAAAUAUUGGUUUUGGUUUAUUGUAUAAAAUUAAAUAUAAAAGAAGGUUACAGUGUAACUGUAUUGGUACUAGAACCUGUCCAAUCUGGAAGACAAGAAUGGUUUAUGGAUUUGCAGCCAUUUUAUAAUUUUUUUGUAAUAUUUGUAAAUAUGGACUUUUUAAAAUGCCGAGAUGCUUUUUUGUAAAAUGUUUUCAAAGUUUACAAUUAAUUUCUAAGCCUUUGUAUAUUUUAGAGCUGUGCAACACUUUUAAGUCUUGUAUUUAUUUUUAGUAAAAAUUGUGAAACUUUCCCUGUGAAUUCUCCCCAAGUACAGUACAUUUGGCCAGUCAAGUCUGGCUGCUUUGACAGUGUGCAUAGAGCCUGACAAUAAAUGUGACUGCAUUUGAUCGGCAGAAAAAUAAC